CUGCCUGCCCGGGCAGUAAACUUGAUUUUGAGCUAUGGGAUUUUACUCCGUGCAUUGGCUCGGUUUGCAAGGAAGGGCUUCCAAGAGCUCACUGUUUUGAUUCCCUAAUGCUGCGAUUCUUUUAGAGCUUCUGUUGCGGCUCCCUUUUGCUGAUUUGUUUUUGGUUUUGCAUGUGCUUAUGUUGGAGAAUGAUGUUGUUCGUUUUAUGUAGGACAUAGGGGGCUCUUUGCAAAUCAUUCAAUCGAUCUGUUUCGUGUGAUUGCUGUUUGGUGAUCACGAAAAGAGUUGCACUGCGGAAAUGCAGAGGAGAAGACUUGAUGUAGAUGAUUUCUUUGGUAUCGGUGACUCAUUUGCCGGGCUUAGUGUCCUCGGAAGACCGGGGAGCUUGAGGUCUGGCUUCUUUGGCCGUAGGAGUACUUUCGAUGACGCUUUCUUCAGUCGGUCAUUUGGGGACGGACCAAGCUUCGUUCCCGGUGGUAGCAGGUUUGCUCAUCAAGUAAGCCCUUUCAGAGAGAGGAGCGAUCCCGGAUUUCUGGAUCAGCCUCCCCCAGCAAGUAAAUCAACACGGCCAAUCAUUGAGGAGCUAUCUUCUGAUGGUGAAGACCAGGGAGAGAACGCGGAUAAGGUGAAGGGGAAGAGCGUCCGAAGACCUUCUAGGUCGAGGAAACAGAAACAACCCUAUGUUCAGGAUCCCGACGAAGCAGCAGAAGGGAACAAAAGCAGACACAAUCACCUCAGGAAUGACUUCAGCCGUUCAAAAACAAUGCUGCCACAGGGUGGUAGCUAUGCUUUUCGCAGCUUAUCUGUGACUUAUGGUGGUCCAAACGGAGCGUAUUAUGCUUCAUCUACAGUCAGGAGAACCGGUGGUGAUGGAGUAAUUGCGGAAGAGAGCAAGGAAGCUGAUGCUACUACUGGUAAAGCGAUUCACAGGAUAUCCCGUGGAAUCGGUCAUAAAGGCUACACGGUAACAAGAAAACUGAGUUUGGAUGGGAGGGUGGACAUGUUGCAGACAUUCCAUAACCUCGAUGAAGAUGAACUACCAGCCUUUGAGGAAGCUUGGCAGGAGAGUGCUCAACACAACUUGCCUCGAUGGAACUCUGGACAUGGCAGUGGGAAGAGCAGCAGUGCCAUGGUAUGGACACUUCCAACGAUAGAGCGGCCAGUCAGGUCAACAACAAGCGCUAACUUUCCUAGAAUUCGAAGCUCGGUUUGGUAAGGUAAUAUUGUUACACUGAGAUCUAUGUUUAGUUGGAGUCGAAGCUCCAUGUUAUCGCCUUAUAAGACUACACUUUAUGGAUGUCUCCUUUGCAAACCAAGCUGUGAAGAGUUCAAUACGCUGUCGUGUAACCGUGUGUAAGAAUGAGAACGGGACGUGGCGGAGAAAGUUGACAAUUUUUGUA